GGCUGGGCUGGCCUUGCGCCUGCGCGGUCACAACUGAGGGCUGAAGGCAAACUGGGUUUGAGGAGCAGUCUACUGGCCUAACUGAGGGCUUUGGCGACAAGAUGCAGGACCCCAGUGCAGACACUGAGUGGAAUGACAUCCUACGAAAGAAGGGUAUAUUGCCCCCAAAGGAAAGUUUGAAGGAUCUGGAAAAGAAGAGGGAAGAAGAAGAAAAGCACAUCCUUCAGCAAUCAAUAGUGAAAACAUAUGAAGAUAUGACAUUGGAAGAACUAGAAGAAAAUGAAGAUGAAUUUAAUGAGGAAGAUGAGCAUGCUAUUGAAAUGUACAGGCAACAAAGACUUGCAGAAUGGAAAGCAACCCAACUAAAGAACAAAUUUGGAGAAGUUUUGGAGAUAUCAGGGAAAGAUUAUGUUGAAGAAGUUACCAAAGCUGGCAAAGGCUUGUGGGUAAUCUUGCACCUUUACAAACAAGGAAUCCCUCUGUGUACACUUAUAAACCAGCACUUCAGUGGACUUGCAAGAAAGUUUCCUGAUGUGAAAUUUAUCAAGUCUAUUUCAACAACUUGCAUACCCAACUAUCCCGAUAGGAAUCUGCCCACAAUAUUUGUCUAUCUUGAGGGUGAUAUCAAGGCCCAGUUUAUUGGUCCUCUAGUAUUUGGUGGCAUGAACCUGACAAGGGAUGAACUGGAAUGGAAACUUUCUGAAUCUGGAGCAAUCAAAACUGACCUAGAGGAAAACCCCAAGAAACAGAUUGAAGAUAAAUUGAUGUCCUCAGUCAGGUGCUCUCUCCCAGCAAAGGAAGAAAGUGAUUCAGAAGAUGACUAAUUUCCUUAUUUUUUUUAUUCCUUUGCUGAACUUUCUUGGAAUGGUGAACAUAUCUAGGAUUUUUUAAACUUAAAAAACAGAAAUAAAAUCUUUUUAUUAGAAAAAAUGUUUUUUUAACCUUUUAAAAAUUAAGCUCAGAAUUUAUCAUGCCUCAGAAAUAAUGGAUGCUGGAUAUCUUAUUACAUCCUUAAGAACAAUGACACAUAGUACAUGAGGUUUUUAAAAAUAAAUGACAAAUUAAUAUAUUGUGGCAAAUAAUUUCAAUUUAUUUCUCACUUAUGUUUUAUAGCAAAUAUAGCUAACUAUGCAUUUAUUUCCAUAGAACUAUACUAUAAAAUGAAUUUGGGGAAUUAUUUUUCUCUUUGUAAAUAAAUUACACAGAACAUUUUAUCCA